UAGGCGUAACCAGGAAAUACCUUGAAGUUAAUUUAUUUCAUGUCUAAAAUGCAUGCGGUGUUCUAAUAAUGAAAUAAUGAUGUUCCUGCUGCCAGAGCAAAAUCCGAGCAAUCUAUAACAUUUUUUUUAAACUCUGUUUUAUAUCUGCAAAGAGUCGACUCUCUAAGUGUUAUUAUAAGGUGUUAUGCAACUAAUGCGGUUGGGCAACCCGAGCCGUACUCUGAGCUCUAGCAUUAGCUAGCAGUGCUAACACAGCCAGGCGACCGACUCUGGGACAAACUAGCUCUUCCCAUUCGGUCAGGUUUUAAUUCAAGGUCGACGGUACGAUCACGAUUUUUUUUUUAUUUAAUCGCACGCAUACCGAUUAGUCGUUUAAUAAAAAACAAUGUCUUUUUCGACGGGAGCGAGGAGAUUAGUCGGUUUGAGUCUUUCCCGGAGCUCUUGGAUUCCUUCAAGGGGUGCCAAUACUUCAUCGAAAACUUUGUCAUCUCUGAGCAGACUAUCAACAAGACAGCAAGACCUCAUUCGUAAAAGAGACAUAACAUCCUGCAGCGUCGUGCAGCCUCUCAGGUCGGAAAACAAGGUGGUUGUCAAUUUCAUCAAUCGUGAUGGAGAAAAGAUUACAGUCAAAGCUUCCCCUGGUGACACGCUGCUAGAUGUUGUUGUUGAACAAGACCUGGACUUCGAUGGUUAUGGAGCAUGUGAGGGAACUCUAGCUUGCUCCACGUGUCAUCUCAUCUUUGAAGAGGAGACAUAUAAACAGCUUGGACCAAUAAGUGAUGAGGAAAUGGAUAUGCUGGAUCUUGCCUAUGGUCUCACAGAUACGUCUCGUCUGGGUUGCCAGAUCUGCCUAACAAAAGAUCUGGACGGCAUGACUGUGCGUGUUCCGGAGAGCUCUGCGGACAUCAGGCAGUCUGACGGCUCUGCCUAAUUUUUUUUUUUUUU